AUGAAACACUUUGUAGCUUCUCUAUGCCUGCUUGGAUCUCUUCUACAUGCCUUGACGAGCUGCACUGCUGCAACCUCAGAGUUUCAACUGGAAGGAGAUUACUGGAUUGGUGGACUUUUUGAUAUCCAUCAUGUCAGGAGACUUACUCGUCAAGCCAGACCAGAAGCCAUUGACUGCUCCAGUCAACCCUUCAGCCUCUCAAAUUAUCGAAAGUUUCAGCUGAUGAGAUUCGCUGUAGAGCAGAUCAAUAACUCCACCACCCUCCUGCCGAAUGUGUCCCUCGGCUACGACAUAUUUGACCACUGCUCAAAUACGCAGAGCUUCUCAGGAAUUCUGAAACUCAUCUCAGUGAAUAACUUGAUCCAACCUUGGGGUGAAAAUCCCAAGAAUGUGUCCGGAAUGAUAGCAGUGGUUGGUCCUUUUACAAGCACCCACGCCCUGACCGUCGCCCCGCUCUUCAUGGCGGAUCUCAUUCCAAUGGUCAACUACGGAUCCACUAGUUCUGCUUUUUCAAAAAAGAUGAAAUACCCUUCUUUCAUGCGGACAGUGUUCCCCAAUCAAGACGUCAUAGAAGUGAUUGUUAGCUUGAUUCAACGCUUCGAGUGGCGCUGGGUUGCUUUCCUAUACAGUGACAAUGAUUUUGGAACUGAUGGACUGGAAUUGUUCAUUAAGAGGAUCAAGGACAGUAAGAUCUGCCUGGCGUUCUCCAAAGGCCUUAACGACGACACAAAUUACUCCCAAAUGUUCAAACAGAUAGAGGCACAGCAGAUAAACGCAGUUAUUGUUUUUUCUGAAGAACUGGUUGCUGCCUCUCUCAUCGAGGCAGCAAUACAACUGAAUAUCACCAACAAGGUGUGGAUUGCAGGGGAAAGCUGGUCCUUAAGUAAAAGGCUUGCCCAUUUAGAAGGAAUCAAAAAUAUUGGAACUAUUCUUGGGGUAUCUCAGCCUGUGGUAACAAUACCCGGUUUCAGGGACUUUAUCUUUUCUACCAAGUCCCAGAGGCGUUGGGAAGACGUGGAGGAAAGUACGUUUUGCAAUCAGGAGUGCAACUGCAGUCAUUUGAAUGCUGAGGAUAUUCUGAGUGAGAACCCAACGUACUCGUUUCCUGUUUAUUCAGCCAUAUACGCCGUCGCUCACGCCUUACACAACACCUUACAAUGUGGAGACGGCAAAUGUAAGAAAAAUACGACAGUGUACCCACACAAGGUUCUGGCGGAGCUGAAGAGGUCAAACUUUACGCUCUUGAACAGGAACAUUCAGUUUGACGAGACCGGCGACAUCAUGUUCGGGGUCUACUCCAUCGUGUUCUGGAAUCACCAUGGUAACGUGCAGGAGAUCGGCUCCUAUAAGUUCCACCCGUUCCAUUUCUUUGUCAACGACACCAAAAUCAAGUGGUUCACCAACGGAGAAGUGCCGACUUCACUGUGUUCCCCAGAAUGUUCCAUAGGAUAUGUAAAAAAGCCAAAUGGAAUCCAUGAAUGCUGCUUCACCUGUGAAAUCUGUCCAAAUGGAACUUACAUCAACAGCACAGAGGAUCCCUACAGCUGCAUCAGCUGCAAGCUCACAGAAUGGUCUGCAGAGGGAAGUACGUCCUGCAACCAGCGUCUGGUGGAGUUCAUACCGUUUACAGACAGCGGGGCCAUACUGAUCAUGCUGGGGGCCGGGGCCUUGGUGGGCCUCACUCUAGCUGUAUCUGUUCUCUUUGCUGUUAACUACAACACGCCUGUUGUCAGAUCUGCUGGGGGGCCGAUGUGCUUCCUGAUUCUAGGCUGCCUCAGUCUGUGCAGCAUCAGUGUUUUCUUUUACUUUGGCCAGCCAUCAGUUCCUUCUUGUGUCUUGAGGUAUCUGCCAUUUUUCUUGUUCUACACUGUUUGUCUCUCGUGUUUUGUGGUGCGCUCUUUUCAAAUCGUGUGCAUCUUCAAAAUAGCCGCCAAGUUCCCCAAACUCCACAGCUGGUGGAUGAAGUAUCACGGACAGUGGCUGGUCAUCACUGCGGCGUUUGUCACUCAGGCUCUCGCCCUUCUGAUUGGCUUUUCUACUAGACCUCCAAAGCCUUACAACGAGACAGUGUGGUACCCAGAAAAAAUCAUACUCAGCUGUAAAAUCAGUCUUGUAGAAACAUAUGGUUCUAUAGUCUUACUGUCAUCUUUGUGCUCCCUUUGCUUUAUUUUCUCCUACAUGGGAAAAGAUCUCCCAAAAAACUACAACGAGGCCAAAGCAAUCACCUUCUGCCUCCUGCUGCUGAUCCUCACAUGGAUCAUCUUUGCUACUGUCUACACGCUUUAUCGAGGCAAAUACAUCCCAAUCCUUAACGCCCUGGCUGUGCUCUCCAGUCUCUACUCCUUUCUGUUGUGGUAUUUUUUCCCAAAAUGCUACAUUAUUAUAUUUCAACCCCAGAAAAAUACGCAGCAGUACUUCCAAGGUCUCAUUCAGAACUACACCAAAACUAUCAGCCAGUAG